AUGGACGAAGCCGACUGGGACUCUGUACUGAGGAACUGUUGCUUAUUGUAUGGUUGGAAAAUCGACAAGAGGACAAGCAGUAUUGUGAGGGCCACGACCCCUGCUUUUCGACUCAGAAACAAGCUGCCACCGAGGCCGAUAGCUCUUCCGUCUCCUGCUAUUCAACAGCCAGUGAUCACUCCAGAAACCCCAACCGAGACGUCAGUACUAUCAACGUCCGGCACUGAGAAGUCUCCAGAUACUUCUAAAGAUGUCUCAGCUGAAGGACAAGGAACUGAAGCAGCCGUCGAAAUAGAAAAGCCACUCACCGCAGAAGAUAUGGAGGCGCCCAUUCCAGCAAAGCUCGGGGCCAUUCCAUUAUAUGCAAUCAAUGACAGAUCUAGAAUCGAAAUAACCAUGGUCAGCAACGAGUUCCAGGAGUCCAUGGCCAGGAAUCAUUUCGGUGCAUCGUCAGUGGAAGGCUCGGCGGAAGUCACUCUCGACCACAAUCUCAUCCUAUCUGGAGGAUGGGGCGGAUACUCAGUAGGCGUUACAGGCGGAGCUGCCAAAGAAGACACGUCUGGGGGAAACAAGACCAAAAAGUCUUAUGCAAAGCGAAUGAUUGGAAGCUACAUGUUCCCCCGAGUUGAUGUCUUCCUGAGACCAGAGGAUCUAGAGCCAACCGAGGAGCUUCGUGCCGCCCUUGAUGGCAUCAAGCAGACCAAGAAUAUCAACGCGCUCCGGGAGCUUUAUAGUACCUUUGAACAUCUGUUUUGUCAUUCUGUCACUCUUGGAGGCUGCCUUCAAACUACCAAGGUUGUUGAGAGCGAUGAAGACGUCAAACAGAGCAAGGAAAAGCAAUCAUUCAAGGCACAAGUUGGAGUUGCUGUUUCCACUCCAUUUGGGGCUAAAGGAAACGUCAAAGGGUCUAAGGAGAGUCAAGACAGUGCAGAGGCUUUUAACAGAAGUGCGAGUACGAGCGAGAGUAUGGGAUUUGAGGCUACUGGUGAAAAUUCGAUCCUGGCAGCAGACCCGCCGGCUUGGAGUGGUUCAGUUGCGAACUUCAACAACUGGCGUAUCAUUGAGCAGACCAAACUCACCCUAAUUGUUGACACCAUCUCAAAGAUGGCUGGCUAUCACGAAACUAGGUCGUGGUUCUUUGCCGCGGUGCCUAAGCUCAGUGAGUACAUGGUAAUCCUAGAAUCAAGGAUGCUGCAUGUCCGCUUCAAAGUUGCCAGCCAGAACGAGAGUUUUGGCGUCAUAUCUCACAAGAAGGUACCGACCUAUCUAGGACAUCGCCCGAACGAGUCAGUUACACCAGUUCGCACCAAUCUUCGAGUACCAGAUCGACAGCCCAAAGAAGCAUUCAGGAAUGAAUCGUUUGGGCUUACUGGAGACAUGACCAAGAUUACGGCUCAUAAUCCUGGUUUCUCUACCACUCCACUCUUCGAGCCAAGCAGGACUCAAGCGCCAAUCCUAAUGUUCUCUUCCGGAGCAGAACUCGGUACUAAGACAGAUGAAGCAUUCAGCCACGUAGUCUGGCGGUUAGAGAUUGCCAGGGGACACAGCAUCGGCCCUGAUACCCUACUAUGCGUCAAAUCAGCGGCAAUUCCGAAGGCUGAUUUAGCCUUAACCGUGUACCGUAAUGCUCAAGGAGUAUUUCUUCCAUCCAUCAGCAGCACGGACGAACCAUGCUACUGGCGACUCGAGCCCGUCGAAACUUCCGGAAUAUCCAAAAUGAAAGGGGAUCGUUACAAAUUCGGUGACUCCUUCAGGCUUACCUGGUCAUUCUCCGAUCAAACAAGCGGCUUCCGAGACUUCGUUGAUGAUUCAUAUGGUCGACGCAACCUAACUCGUCCUUCUGAGAUCAAGAGCGAUAAGUUAUGCUUCAAGGUACCCUUCCCACGGUUCGAGGGUAUGCUAUCGGACUAUAUGGCAGUACUCAUGUCGACUGCCUUGACAACGGAUCCUAUUAUUGAGAAGAUCAAGAUACUUGAUGGAUAUAACCAAGAGAAGCCUUACAAGCUACAUGAUCUGUCGUUUCGGGUCGAUCUGGUUGGUAAUGAUGGUAACGGCGACAAGAAUGACUAUGCGAACCUUACGGCGACGAGCUGGCAGGAGUUAGAUCAGAAGCUUUCGCCGGGGGAGAAGUCGUUGGGAAAUAUGCUUGGACCUUCUCCGAUGCUUAUUGACGGUGUACUGGGGAAUAUGGAGUUCACCCGCUGGUGA